GUCAUUGUGCUGAAUCCGCGGCCAUGCGCAGAUGUGCGCAGAGGAGGAGGAGGAGGUUCUGUGCGGUGUCGGCUCUAGUCUACAUAUAGACCUCAGCCUGCGGGAUUCCCGCACUCGCCGCCUCCGGACGCGCUGCCGUUUCACGAGGGAAACAUAAAUCCACGACAUUCUGACCCAGGAGACCAUCUCUGAAGCAGAGCCGCCAUUAACUCCCUCCAUUUUCCUCCUCGAAUGACUGACCAUCCCGGAGAUGCAGAGAGCAGCAGCAGUAGCAGCGAUGCGGCGGCUCCGCUGUUAACUCCUUGGACUCCCUCCUUCUCCUCCUCCUCCUCCUACUCCUCUUCGUCCUCCUGUCUCGUUUUUGCAGGUUCUACUUGUUGAGGGAGUUUGGGUUGGAUUUCAGGAUGAAGCUCAAGCCGAACCAAACCAGGACUUAUGAUGGCGAGGGCUUCAAGAAACGAGCGGCGUGUCUGUGCUUCAAGAACGAACGCGAGGAAGAGGUUUUGCUGGUGAGCAGCAGUCGGCACCCGGACCAGUGGAUUGUCCCCGGUGGAGGGAUGGAGCCCGAGGAGGAGCCGUGUGGCGCCGCUGUGAGAGAAGUCUUUGAGGAGGCUGGUGUGAAGGGAAAGCUGGGACGCCUGCUCGGUGUAUUUGAGCAAAACCAAGACCGGAAGCACCGAACAUACGUGUAUGUGUUGACUGUGACUGAAACGCUGGAGGCCUGGGAAGACUCUGUCAACAUAGGCCGUAAGCGGGAGUGGUUCACUGUGGACGAGGCCAUCAAAGUGCUCCAGAGCCACAAACCCGUCCACGCCGAGUACCUGCGCAGGCUGCAGCUCAGCUGCUCCCCCACCAACGGAAACUCCAUCCUCCCCAGCCCGCAACCAAACGACAACUUCCCCCACUACAGUGCCACGGCAAACACGCCGUCGACGGGGAGCAUGCUGGGCUCCUCCUGCAGAUAGGGACCGCACCUCCGCCGCUUGUCCUUGUCCUGUCCGGCUCGGCUCGGGACAGUUCACCGAAAGUCUGUACAGUCUUGCAUGAAUCUAAAGACGUUUUUUUUUUU